GCUGCUGCUGCUGCACCGUGCAGCUACUCACCUCUGACUGAUUCCCCACCACCACCACUCACCCAACCAUCUCCACAUUUUCCCCCCUCCUUCAUCUCUCAACUUGUCCCGCGUCAGGAUGGAUGCGUUCCUCCGCGUCGGGACCCGGUGAAAAAAAAAGAAGAAAGUGCCAGAAGGAAGAAAUGCAGCGGGGAGAGCGUCGGAGCGUCUUUGGGCGUCGGUGAUGAUUGUUUUUCUUUCUUUCAUUCUUUUUUUUUUUCCAUUUUGCAAUUGGUGACUGCAGAAAUCUCCCCUAACGUGUCGGCGAGUCGACAGACAGACCGCUCGCUUCACUGGUGCGCUCCCGGAGAGAGGGAAGGAGAAUGGGCAUGCGGGAUGAGAACGCGUCCUCUCAGCGGCUGAAAUAACUGCUGUUUGGUUUUGGGUUUUUUUUUUUGUUUUUUUUUUGUUUUUUUUUGCGCGAAAACAGUACGUUGCCACAAAGUAAAAGGAAGACUGAAUGAUUCAUUGAGUGGGUCUUUUUUUUUCUUUUUCCUUUUUUUUUGUGUGCGUGUUUCGCUUGAGGAGGAAUUCAUGCGCCGAUAGCUCACAGGGGGGCCAAUAUGCCAGAAUGGGUCCUCUACAGUAUUUCUUUCUCUGUGGACUUCUGUGCACCCAAACCCACGGGUCUCGUCUUCGCCAGGAAGACUCCCCUCCCCGCAUCGUGGAGCACCCCUCUGACCUCAUUGUGUCCAAAGGGGAACCAGCCACUCUCAACUGCAAGGCAGAGGGCCGUCCAACCCCCACGGUGGAAUGGUACAAAGACGGGGAGCGCGUCGAGACGGACCGUGACAACCCCCGUUCCCACCGCAUGUUGCUGCCCAGCGGGUCCCUCUUCUUCCUACGCAUCGUCCACGGGCGACGGAGCAAGCCUGACGAUGGCAGCUACGUGUGCGUGGCCCGAAACUAUCUGGGCGAGGCCGUAAGCCGGAACGCUUCUUUAGAAGUUGCACUGCUACGUGAUGACUUCAGACUGAAUCCACAGGAUGUGGUGGUGGCGGUCGGGGAGACUGCCAGUCUUGAGUGUCAGGCUCCGCGUGGGCACCCUGAACCCACGACCUUCUGGAGGAAAGAUAAAGCUCGUCUUGACCUCAAAGAUGACCGAAUCACGGUCCGUGGAGGAAAGUUGACCAUCUCAAACACCAAGAAGACCGAUGGGGGGAUAUACGUGUGUGUGGCGGCCAACAUGGUCGGAGAAAGAGAGAGUGAAAAAGCGCAGCUCUCGGUGUUUGAAAGACCAGUGUUUGUGCAGCGGCCUGUGAACCAGGUGGUCUUAGUUGACGAGAGCGUGGAGUUCAGGUGUCAGGUCCACGGUGACCCGCAGCCUACACUGCGCUGGAAAAAGGAGGACGUUGAUAUUCCCCGUGGCAGGUAUGACAUCAGAUAUGAAAAAGAGGACUUCCUGCUGAGGAUAAAGAAGGCAUCAGUCAGCGAUCAGGGAACCUUCACCUGCCUAGCAGAGAACCGUGUGGGUAAAGUGGAGGCCUCUGCCUACCUUACCAUCAGAGCUCGGCCCGUUGAGGCGCCCCAGUUUGUGGUGCGACCCCGUGACCAGAUUGUCGUGCAAGGGCGAACAGCUACCUUUCCCUGUGAGACCAGGGGUAAACCUCAGCCCACUGUUUUCUGGCAGCGAGAAGGUAGCCAGGAUCUUCUGUUUCCCAGCCAGCCAACAAAAGGAGAUAGCCGUGUUUCAGUGUCCAUGAACGGGGAGUUGACCAUUUCAUCUGUUCAGCGCUCCGAUGCAGGGUAUUAUAUCUGCCAGGCGCUCACUGUAGCAGGCAGUAUCAUGGCCAAGGCCCAGCUUGAGGUAUCAGAUGCCCUGAAGGACCGCCCACCACCCAUCAUCCGGCAGGGCCCGUCCAACCAAACGCAGGCGUUGGGAGGCGUGUCCCUACUGAGGUGUCAGGCGUCAGGGGACCCAGAGCCUACGGUCACCUGGAGAAAGAAUGGGGUCAGUCUGCUCGGAAAGGACCCGCGGUUUUCCCUGCUGGAGCAUGGCAGCCUUCAGAUCCAGAACACCAGGAUGUCCGACUUGGGAUUGUACACAUGUGUCGCCACCAGCUCCAGUGGAGAAACAUCCUGGAGUGCCUACUUGGACGUCAGAGACUCCACUGACCUCAUAGACUUCAUGUCUCACAAUACAACUGCCCUCCCAGGGCCGCCCUCCAAGCCUGAGGUCACCGAUGUUACCAAGAGCAGUAUCUCGUUGUCAUGGGAACCGGGGCCAGAGGCCGGCUCCCCAGUGUCCUCCUAUGUCAUUGAGGCCUUUGGUCAGUCGGUGAGUAACAGCUGGCAGACGGUGGCAGACCACGUGAAGACCACCGAGUUGACAGUCAAGGACCUACGACCCAACACCGUCUACCUAUUUAUCAUCAGGGCAGUCAAUGCUCAAGGGCUCGGCGACCCCAGCCCCAUGUCUGAGCCUGUCCGGACCCAAGACAUCAGUCCCACAGCUCAGGGAGUGGACCAUCGUCGCGUGCAGAAGGAGUUGGGCGACGUGGUGGUCAGCAUGCACAACCCCGUGGUGCUCAGCUCCACUUCAGUGCAGGUCACGUGGACUGUGGAGAAUCCAUCCCAGUUUAUUCAAGGCUACCGUGUCCUGUUCCGGCAGACAUCAGGUCUCCCCUCCCCGGGGCCGUGGCAGAUACAGGACUUGAAGGUUGCCUCCGAGAGGGACAUAACUCUCUCCGGUCUUAAGAAAGGCAUCGUCUAUGAGAUUAAAGUGCGGCCAUACUUCAAUGAGUUCCAGGGCGCGGACAGUGAAUCCAUGACAGCACGCACCAUGGAAGAAGCACCUGGCGCGCCUCCGCAGCAAGUGACAGUGUUGACAGUCGGGAGCCAUAACAGCACAUCCAUCAGCGUGUCGUGGGACCCACCUCCCACCGACCAGCAGAACGGCAUCAUCCAGGAGUACAAGAUCUGGUGUUUGGCCAACGAAACCCGCUUUCAUGUCAACAAGUCCGUGGACGCGACCAUCCGCUCGGUGGUGGUCGGGGGGCUGCAGGCUGGAGUGCAGUACCACGUGGAGGUGGCCGCGGGCACCAGCGCGGGGGUUGGGGUCAAGAGUAAACCGCAGCUCAUCAUUUUAGGUGCAGAGCUGAGGGACAUAAUGACGGGAUCGGAGGGCAACAAUAGCAUCUCAGACGUGGUGAAGCAGCCGGCCUUCAUUGCCGGUCUGGGAGGGGCCUGCUGGAUUGUCCUCAUGGGCUUCAGUGCCUGGCUGUACUGGAGGAGAAAAAAGAGGAAGGGGCUCAGCAACUAUGCAGUUCAGUCCUUCACCUUCACUCGUGCAGUUACAUUCCAAAGAGACAGAGGCCUGAUCAGAAACGGAAGCCGUCCAGGGCUGCUGAAAGCCGGGGACCAAGGCCUGCCCUGGCUGGCCGACUCCUGGCCCUCGACGAGCCUCCCAGCCAACGGCGGCUUAGGGAGUCCGAAGGGCAGCAGCAACUUUGGCCGGGGAGCCCAUUGGAACCCCGAUGAGCUGCAGGCUUUAUGUGUGCAAGACAGUAGAGCUGAAGAUGUUUUGCCGUCCGCUGCGGUGGAGAAGACGGGCACCAUGCUGUCUGAUGGUGCCAUCUACAGCAGUAUUGACUUCAUGGGGAAGGCGGCCUACAGCAGCCCAGCGCGAGGCAGUCAGCCCACUCCCUACGCCACCACUCAGAUCCUCCAGUCCAACAGCUUCCACGAGCUGGCCGUGGACCGGCCAGAUCCCCGCUGGAAGGCUUCUCUCCAAGCCCAGCAGGAGAUGGCAAACCUGGGCUACUCGCUCACCGACAGACGCCCUGGCAGCGGUGCAAAGGUUGGGAAGAAAAAGAAGGUGAAGGGUGGAACAAAGGCCUCUAAAUCAAAUGGGACAUGUUGGGCUAACAUGCCCCUGCCUCCGCCACCCAUGCACCCUCUCCCUGGUACCGAGGUCGACCUUGACCGUUACCCUCAGGAAAACCACGGAGGAGGAUAUGACAGCAACAGUUGGGCCCCGCCCAUGUCCGUCCAGACCUACCGCCACCAGAAUCUAGACAGCGGGGUGGAGGAGGAGAGAGGUCCCACUCCCCCACUGAGAGGAAGAUCCUCCUCGCCAGCAGCGGCUCCCUUCGGCCAGCCCUCGUCUUCCUCCCUCAGCUCCGCCCACCACGAGGAAAUGCAGUCCAUUUUACAAGCCCACUUGGAUGAGCUGACCAGAGCUUACCAGUAUGAGGUGGCCAAGCAGGCAUGGCACAUGAAGAGCAGUCCAAACGUGUCCAGCACCCCCAUCCCUCCCAUGGACUUCAUGUCCGGCACUCUGGGCUCCGACUUGGGAGCCACUCUACUUUCUGAAGAGGACGAGGAGGAGGAGGAGGAAGAGAGAUACGCUGUAGUGUCAAAGAAUCUGUGUGGCUUUGAAUACACUCCUGGUCACAGCGUGGAUAACCUUGAUGGCUCAGGUAACAGCUUGCAGCACUGUCGCCCAGACGGCUCUGGCACAGCAGACCACGGUGCACAGGGUACGCAUAGCCUCGGCCACAAGAUGGCACCACUGUCUGGCCUCAAAGCGCAGUCAGACAAGGUCGGGACUCUGCCCAGGCGAAGAGACACCAACACAGACGCCCACACGCCGGUCAUGAAGUCCCUGCACAGUGUGGGUUCCCGCAUGCACAGCUCGUGGGCAGCUGCAGCCUCGGACCCCUCCGAGGAGUGCAUGGUGACUGUGUCGACGCUGGAGCGGCAGCAUAUGGCUUCCUGGAGCGGCACGACAACAUCCAACCGGGCCACCCUGACCAGGGGAUCCCACAAGAGACCUGGCACAGAUCCCUCCCACAACGGGCAUCCUUCCACAAACAGCACAGAGAAAAGGGAACACUAGUCUUUGUGAAGCAUCAUUCCCCUGCAGUUGCUGCCUGUCCCAGGACACCUUGUUUGUAAGCGCUAUGAGAUUUUUCUCUCUGCGAAGUGACAUGGAACGAUGUCGGGAAGACGGAGAGGGAAGACGGAACGGAGACAAAGAAGCGAGAGUGCGAGAUAAAAAUGCAGAGCUGUAAAUGUCAUGUACAGACACAGACACCAGUCUCACACACAGUGUUAUUUUCAUCCCCCCCUUCAAAAGAGUAAACAGUAUGUUAUAUGUCCGCUUCUAUUUUCUGUCACACGCUGUACAAAGAUUCACACUGUGGGGAAGAAGAAGAAGAAAAAGAAGAAAAAUCACAACAAAAUGACUAAUUGAAAUGAAAAAGGACUUGCAUAAUGUGUAAAUAUAUUUUUUAAUGUUUCUCUUUUUUUUUUUUUGCUUUGCUAUGCAAGCCAAACCCAAUGUCGUCUCUUUUUUGUGUGAUUUAUUACUGUGAAUCAUUUUUCAUUAAUGCUCAAAACUGUUAGCUUAUUUUGAUGAAGCUACUGUAUUGUUGUACUUUGCACAGAGCGUUUUGGUAAAAAUAAGCACAAACCCAUUGUCAGCCGAGCUGAGGAGGAGAAUCAAUAAUGGCAAAGAGGGACGUCUAUGUAAAACAGAACCUAAACAGAAGAUAUAUACUUGGCUGUGCUGUAAUUGUUUUUUUGACAAAUACUCAUAUAUUGAGAGUUACACUGGAGGAAAAAAAUAAACACAGUUAAUUACUUGAGAAUGAUAUGCCAAUAUAACAAAACUGUGUUUCAUUCUACUUGCUGGGGAUCCUAUUAUGCAUCAUACUAGCGAUGGUUCUCAGUGAUCGUUACCAGAACCCUGUUACGGUAACAAGGCAACACAUCAGUUGUGAUAUCCAAAGCAAAGACGAAGGAAAAUAGGGCAUGUGUCACUUCUCUGCCGUUCCCCCAAAAAAAGAGUAUGUUAAUAAAAAAAAAAAUGUCUAUA